UAUAACGCGAUGGCAACGGGCAGCUGAAAACCCGAUCUUCACGUGAAUCGUUUUUGAAUACCACUUGCGCUUCGAAAUACUGGAAAUUCUAAAGAAAUAUACCUAUUUAAGCGAAGAAAUUCUCGCCAUUAGGAAGUACAUUUUUUCUGAAACUCACAAAGGUGAUGAUAGAGUUACGUACCUGAUUACCUAUUUACGAGAGAAGUUGGUAGUGUUUCAUUUUGGGAAUUUAGAAAGUGAAAUUUGUGCAUAUUUGAUGAAUCAAAAUUGCAAAACGUUUUAGAGAGAUGUAAGUUAGGAUAAAAUUUCGUUAAAGAUUAACAGGUAUGAAUUGUAUUAGAAUUUGUUUAUCGAUGAAAACGUUUUAAUGUUUUUUCGUCUUUGCAUUUUAGGACAUUCAUAUUACCGAUGUAGUUUACAUUAUUCUGAGGUGAAACAUUAUCUUUCAAUCCCACCCAUAGUUUUCAAUCUAAAUAGAAAUAUUUAUUAGAUUUGAUACAUUUUUCUCAAUUUUGAGCCCGUUUUAACCUUAAAUAUUCCAAAAAUGUUCUUUGUACUUGACUGCUUCGUAGAUUGAUAUAAUGUUUCGACGAACGCUAACGAAUUGUAAAUGUAUAAAAUUAAAAUUGCCUGAGAGGUACGAAAUUUCAUCAUAAAGUGUAUCCUGAAAAAAAAAAGCAAAGUUUGAGAUACGCGUUUUAUAUUUUUGGAGACUCGGCAGAGUUUCAUAUGCACAUUUCGGAAUCGUUAGUAUACAAAAGUUCUUAAAAACUGAUAAAUUUAAGGUUUGAUGGGCUUAAAAUAAUAUCACAAUCAAUAAUUGGCAUGCUCCCGUAAAAUAAUUUUUCAGUGAGAAAUAUUUCCAAUUUGCUUUAAUUUUCUUCACAGAAUUUUCCAAAUUCCUAUGGACAUUGUUGAAUUGUAAACUUAUAAAACAUUUAAGCAUGAAAGAAGUUUAAAUGUCAGUCAGCGAAACAGUUUUUAUUGAUGGAAUUCAAAAUUAUACCAUGCAUGAUAUUUUGCAGAUUUGACCCCAUUAUUUUAAAAGACGUCGUAUCAAAUUUAUUAAUCAUUUAGCAAUUUAAUUUUACAGGUAUCAUAUAAACGAAACUUACUUAUUAUUUAAAAGCCUUUCUUAUAGAGUUUUGUAUGAAAUCUACUAAUUAUUCAGAAAUUUUAAAAUGCGUAUUUUACUUAACUCUUUAAAAGGGAUUAAAAUGCAUAAAUAUUUGUUAUAAAUGCAUUCAUUUCUUAUUAUAAACUUAUGAAAGUGCUCUUCCGUUGGUGAUGUUGCUUUUAGAGCAUGUUACAAAAUAUUAGCAUAAAAGUUAUUGGCAAAACUUUAAAAAAAUUGCUAUAGAGUACGUUUUUAUUUUAAAGAAUUAAGGCAAAUUAAUGCUGCUCAAUUUUUCGAUUUAAUAACAUAAAAUUAAUUCCCGUUGAAUUAAUAAUAGGGAAGGAUAACUAAUCAGAAUUAAAUUGUUCUAAAUAUUCUUGGAAAUGAAAUUUAAGCUUAAAGAAUCAAUUCUUAUUCUUUCUUUUUAAAUUCUAACUAUACUAUAAAAAUACAUUUUUACAGUAACUUCAUCUGUAAUAAUUUAAUAAAGACAUUCUAGUCUAGCUACAUUUAAUUGGGAUUCAUUUAGUGUUAUUGCGCCAACUGCAAAGUGAGCUGUUUCAAAAUUCCCCUUAGUCUUACAUAUCCGCAACAUAUCUCCAACAACUGCAUCGUUAUUUUGACCUUUGGUUAUUUCUAAGGUGCAAUAAUUGCUCAUUAACGCAGGAUAAAGUAACUAGCCAUUACCGGCGACUCGCCGAGUGCGCAAAUCCAUUCUUACUCUAGAACAUAAUUAUGCGAAAUUAGUAGGAUUAGAGAUCUUGUUGGAAUUCGUAUCCAACUGCUCGUUAACGAUGUCGAAAAGAAAUGCUGCGUCGCUUUGUUCUGUAGCCUAGAAAACGUGAAAAAGUCUUUUCUGUUACAUAAAAUGUUACAUAAUUGCAAUGACGCUUCUUAACGUCGUUGAAGUUAGAGCAAAGCAAGAAAUUUUAAUUAUUUAGUAUUCAAUCGUAAUAUCUAAAUGUUCGUGAAGCUUUAGAUGAAGCGGGGAAACGUGUGAUGGAUGUAACAGACCUUACGAGUUGCCAUAAAAUUUAAGUGUUGGUGACAAAAGGAGCAAGUACCUCUAUCAGUUAUUUUAUAAGAAUGACAGUCAUCAAAUUGGACGAUUUAAUUUGUUUCUCGUGACAAAAAUAUCAACUAUAACUCUUUUUAAAGGAAGAUUUCGCUUUUUAGAUAUAUGUAUGUAUGUGUAACUAAAUGAUUUACUUUGCAGCAAUUUUGAAGUAAAAAACAAAACUUGCAUCAGUGUUUCUUACCUCACGUGAACGUCUUCAUGAAUAUGGAACACCAUCGGAGAAAUGAACAUCAUAAAUUAAAUCGAAAAUUAUUGUGUAAUGCCUGUUUUUAGGAUUUAACUCUGAAGCUUAAAAAUACGACUCAGGUAAGUACGCCGUUUCCAUCGGUGUUUCAUAUCUGAUCUUAAUAUUUUAUGGAAGCCUAGACAAACAGUAUACUGUGUACUGAAAUUAAAAACAAAAGUUUAUUGCUGAACACCUUCAGGAUUUUUCAUACUUGAUGUUAACAGUAUAACGAAAGAUCUAUAAGAAUAGUGGUUUCUAUAUUAACUCAAGAAGUACUAUGAGAACUUGUAUGUUUUUUAUACUUUAACAUGAGAAACAGUGUAUUUAUUAUAUAUUCAAACAGGAAAUAGUAUGCUAACGACAGUCCGGGCAAAUUUUCACACUUUAAAAUCUUUGUAGGAGCUCUAAGAACAGUAUACCUAUGAUAAACUAUGAUGUGUUUUGUACUUGAUUCUAAUUAGCAGUAUAUAACCAGCGAGGACAGUGUAUGAUUAUUAAGCAAUGUGCUGGUGAUAAUUUCUGCGAUUAUAUGAAAAAUAAUAAGCGUAUUUAUAAUUUUUGAAAUUCUUCAUGCUUAAUUUUAAGCGUUAAAAUGCAAUCAAUAAGAAAGUCUAUUUUGUAUUUAAACUAGUACUAAGGGAAAAGUAAACUAAGGAGAAAAGGUUUAUUACUUUUACAUUUAAUAUCAGUAUUCUCAUAAACGACAGUGACAAACCUUUUGACUUCAAAGUGUCAGAUAUACAACAUAAUAAAGACAGCUGUUAUCACGUGUUUAAAUGUUUCAUGGUAGCACUUUUAUAAAAUUUCCACGUGAAGAGUACAUUAUAUAUGUCAAAAGCCACGUACUAGUUAAAAUCUGUGGUAUUUUAAAACGGCAAUAAGAAAAUAUGACUUCACCAUUAAAAUCUUUAAACUACUAGUUCUAAAAUCAGAUUCCAGAGACAGCUGUUCCUGAGAACGACUACCAAAAGAAAUGCGAACUAUCUUUCAAUGGAGCCCUCCGUGAUAUCUUCAGAAGAUUACGUCAUGCUCCGUUCCUUGCGGUGCUCUCUCACCAAACACUUCAUCGACCACAAAGUCCUGGCUGCGAAUGAAUUCUCUUUCAAGGUCUCUUGGACAGUAACCGCUUUGUGGAUACUGUUGUCCACACUUGUGGCCUUCACGUGCACAAUCGGCUUCGUCGAAACCGAAUGGUUCGUCCGAGAGAACACCACCCUUUCCGGCAGCGAGCUGACCAUCCUCAGGUACGACAGAACAGCUCUCAUCUACACGCUGGGGAUGUUCAACGUAUGCUACAGAGAUUUUAGACAGACGGUCUUCCAUUGUCAUCACUUUGCUGUCACGAGGUUCCCAUCCCUGGCUUGGCAAGGCACUUGUCUCUUGUACGGAACAGGGUGCGUUCUUCAAGGAUGUGCUGCUGUCAUCCUCGUCCUCAGCCUGUUCCAAAAAGGUCCACUGCGAAGACUAGGGGUCCAUCUUGUUUCCUACGCUCACAUGAUAGCAGGUUUCUUGCAAACCAUCAGUCUGUUGUUGUACCCGAUGAUACUGGAUACUCACGUGGGACACCUCCACUGCGGUCUCCAAGCUCAGGCUUAUGGGCCAGACCACUGCCGCAUAGGCUGGGCCUAUGUGGCAUCCACGGCGGGAACGCUUCUCACCUUCUAUUGCCCCUUUCUGGCCUACUUCAGCUUCUACAAGGUAUACAGCAGGUCUCAUGAUGGACAAAAGAUGUGUCUGGAGAAUUCGAAGGCUCAUUCGAAUCCGAAUUUCUUGCUUUGACCAAUAUGAAGUAGAACAAUUUCUUCAAGGGACCAGAUGGCGCAGUAUUUGUUCGUGUUUGUAAUAUGAAUCCCUUUGACAUUUAUGUAUUUCGUGUAUUUAGAAUAAUUUCUUUUUCUGUGCUUCUCAUUGUGCUUCUUU